AUGGAAAGAGCAGCUGUUCCUAAUGUUUUGUACACUCAGUGUACCUUGACUACGGUACUCAAUGUGUUGUUAAACAGUGAGUGAGUGUAGUAGAGGAAUAAAGUGGGAGGAGAGCGCUGAGAUGAGGGGGAGAGAGAGAUCCAUAGUGUGUUUCUACUAAGAGGCAUCUGUGCUGUAGCUGAGUGAACAACCCCAGUCCCUCCGUCCCGCUGUCUGGACCUUGUCAACGAACGACAACACCGUUACUAUUAUUGGGAUAUCAAUAAUCGUUUAUAUCGUGAACAGCCUUUGCAGGAACUAUGUGGAUUUACAACAUUAUUUUUACUCUCUUAAUCGUCCGUUAUUCAGAGUGCAGGAGGAAUGCAUUACAGGACUACCAGAGGAGUGAUGGCGUGAGAUUGGUCCAACUGCCAGACUCUGCCCUCCAUACCAAAAGCAGGAAGUUGAGCAUUGUGAAGUGUGCCCGUGGUUGCAGCCGCGACAAGAUACUGCUCUUCACCUGCAGAGCGUUCUUGUAUGAUCAGAAAAACAGGAAAUGCCAGUGGUUGUCGUUUGACAGGAACUCACCAGGAGUCCAAAGCCAACACGACUUCAACUACCAACUCUACCAGAAGAAAGCCUAUGUGCAGGAGUGCAUAGUGGGGACAGGCGUGAACUACAGAGGGAGGAGGUCUGUAACGGCCAGUGGAAUCAGGUGCCAAGCCUGGGCCUCUCCUUUCCCUCAUGAACACAAUUUCCUACCGAGGAGGAACAGGAAGAAGGAACUGACAAACAACUACUGCCGUAACCCUGACAACGCUAUUUCAGGACCAUGGUGCUUCACUACAGACCCCAAUGUCAGACACCAGGACUGUGGAGUACCUGAGUGCUUACAAGUGGAGUGUGUGAGCUGUAAUGGGGAAAGCUACAGAGGUCCCAUGGAUCACACCGAGACGGGACGGGAGUGUCAACGCUGGGACCUAGAGGAACCACACAAACACCACCUCCACCCCAAGAGGUAUCCUGAUAAAGGCCUAGAUGACAACUAUUGUAGGAACCCAGAUGGACGUCAACGACCGUGGUGUUUCACCCUGGAUGCACACACAUCCUGGGAGUACUGCAACAUCACAGCCUGCCCCUCAGACAGUGUGGGAGAGGUAGAUGUGACUACCAGCUGUUUCCGGGGUCGAGGUGAGGGCUACAGAGGGACAGUAGCAGUAACACCCAGUGGGGUGACCUGUCAACGCUGGGACUCACAGUACCCCCACAACCACACAUAUAUACCCCAGGACUAUCGCUGCAAAGACCUGAGGGAGAACUACUGUAGGAACCCUGACGGCCUUGACCUCCCAUGGUGCUUCACUUCAGACCCUAACGUUCGCAAGGCAUUCUGCACCAACAUCCCCCGCUGUGACACACAGAAUUCUGAACCCCAUGACUGCUACGAGGGCAAUGGAGAGAGCUACAGAGGAGAGGUGUCAAGGACCAGGUCAGGUCUUCCCUGUUCCCUCUGGAGAGACCACAGUUGGGACAGAGAUGCAGCGGUGCUGACUGUGGGACAGGAGGGGAGUUUCUGUAGGAACCCAGACAGAGACACACACGGCCCCUGGUGUUACACUAACAGCACUGCGAUACCCUGGGACUACUGCAGCGUCAAACCAUGUGAACCAUCAGAGUACACCAUUCCACAGCGAGUGGAGGUGUCAUGUUUCAUCCAUAAGACGACCAGGAUAGUAGGAGGAGCUCCAGUCGCCAUCACAGACGGAAGCUGGAUGGUCAGCAUACAGAAACGGUCCAGUCACUGGUGUGGAGGUUCUCUCAUACGAGAGGAGUGGGUCCUCACUGACAGACAAUGCUUCUCCUCAUGUGUUCCAGACCUGAGUGAGUAUCGUGUGUGGUUGGGUGUAUCAGACCUUCGUGGCUUGGCUCCUAACAGCUCCUUCAGACAGGAAGUCUCCAUCUCCCAUGUGAUCUGUGGUCCUGAGGGCUCCAACCUGGCCCUCAUACGGCUGGCCCAGCCUGCCCUCCCUGCAGACAGUGUCCACACCAUUCAGCUGCCGGUGGCUGGGUGCUCCAUUCCUGAUGGCUCGAUGUGUAGCAUGCAUGGCUGGGGCGAGACCAAAGGUACGGGUCAUGAAGGUGUACUGAAGGUGGUCCAUCUGCCCAUGGUCAGUAAUGAGAGGUGUAGAGAACAACACAGAGGGAACCUCCACAUCACAGACACCAAGAUUUGCGCUGGGGGAGGAAGGACGAGGGGUCUGGACUAUGGCGGCCCCUUGGUGUGCCAGGAAGGAGAGAGCAGGGUCAUAGUGGGGGUCAGUGUCCAUGGCAGAGGCUGUGCCCGUGCCAAUCGGCCUGGCAUCUUCAUCAACGUCCCCUUCUACACCCAGUGGAUCCACAAGGUGUUCCGACACUACCCCGAACCUCAGAUCAACUAG